GACCUGACUUUCUUAGUAUUGGGAGGAAUGCGGAACCAGAACAAGUCACUGGUUUGCAGAAGAAGCAGAGUCCAGUUUGAAUGGGAGAAAGGAGGAGCUGACAUAGCUGCAGAAGCAGGUCUGAUACCCAGACACAUACAUAAUAAUAUCUCUGCACUGGGCUGCUCUGGAGGCAUCCACCACCUACAGCAAUGUGAGUCCCUCCCAGCUGAAUCCGUGCUCUGUGUCACUCUGUGCAUGGACAACAGAAGCUGGGAGAUAAAGGGAUAGCAGGCUGGGCUGGCUGUGUGUACUAUGGCGGAGGAAGGGAACAGGAGAGCACUGCUGGAGCUGUCCCAGAAACCUGGGAACACGGUCUGCGCUGAUUGUGGGGCUCCAGAUCCAGACUGGGCCUCAUACACUCUUGGGGUGUUCAUUUGCCUGAACUGUUCUGGAAUUCAUCGCAACAUCCCUCAAAUCAGCCGAGUGAAAUCUGUCCGCUUAGACCCCUGGGAUGACAUACAGCUUCAGUACAUGUCCGGCCUGGGGAACAAGGUAGCAGUAACAAAAUAUGAGUCUAAAGUGCCAGCAUUUUAUUACAAGCCAACAGCUUCCGAUUGCCAAGUACUUCGCGAGCAGUGGAUUAGAGCCAAGUAUGAGAGGAAGGAGUUCAUCUACAUUGAGAAGCAGGAACCUUACUCUGCAGGGUACCGAGAAGGACUACUGUGGAAAAGGGGACGUGACAAUGGGCAGUUUCUCAGCAGGAAAUUUGUGCUUUCAGAAAGGGAAGGAGUCCUAAAAUAUUUUAAUAAAAAUGAUGCAAGAGAGCCCAAAGCAAUUAUAAAGAUUGAGCAUUUAAAUGCUGCUUUCCAACCAGCUAAAAUAGGGAACCCAAAUGGCCUGCAGAUCACUUACCUGAGGGACAACAGCACUAGGAAUAUCUUUGUAUAUCAUGACGAUGGCAAGGAGAUCGUUGAUUGGUACAAUGCUAUCCGAGCAUCGCGGUUUCACUACUUACAGGUUGCCUAUCCCGGUGCAGGAGAUGUUGCAUUGGUGCCAAAGCUGACAAGGAACUUUCUCAAAGAGGGGUAUAUGGAGAAAACGGGUCCAAAGCAUACAGAAGGCUUUAAAAAGAGAUGGUUCACCUUGGAUGACAGAAGACUAAUGUACUUCAAAGAUCCUUUGGAUGCCUUUGCCAGAGGAGAAGUGUUCAUCGGAAGCACCGAGAACAGCUAUAGGGUAGAAGAAGGACUACCCGCCUCCACCCAAGGGAAUCACUGGCAGUAUGGCAUCACCAUAACUACUCCUGAAAGGAAGUUUCUGUUUACAUGUGAGAGCGACACUGACCGCUCUGAGUGGAUCUCCGCCUUCCAGAAAGUUCUCAGUAAGCCUAUGCUUCCGCAAGAAUAUGCAGUGGAAGCUCACUUCAAGCAUAAACCGUAGCGCCAGAGGUAACCACCACUGUUUUUACACAAGUGCACAACGUUUAAGGCAGAAGGAAAAUGCAUCUACAAAUUUAUUUGACUGGAAAAGGGGGAAAACUGAUGCCCAGUGUGAGCUAAAUGUCAAGUAGCCAGGAACAGUUUUGCCAAACAGAUUUCCACUUUCCACUACAGUUGUUCAACUGAGCAUGCCAGCGUCUAGUCAGUCUCCACGCCUCGUGCCAUACUACAUCCAGCAUGGUCAGUCACAACAUCGGUCUCUCUGGAGGGGAUGUACUAAGAUACCCAGACCACUGACUGAGGGAACAUUCAUUACUACACAACAUCCAUUUAACUUUUUUAAUAACACAUAGUAAUGACACCCAGAAGCAGGACGUGUUUGGAUAUUCCCAGAUCUUUUACCAAGUUGAUGGUUUUUCUUCAGUGACCUGAGAUUUCAGUGAAAAAUGAACCCGUAGCAUGGAAAUGUUCAUUCAUACAGCUAAGUGAGGAAGUCUAGAGGACUGCUGAAUGUAAACCUCUUCACCCCAUGUUUUAUGUGCCCAUCUGCAAGUCUGACUACAGAGUGACUCUGCACAGGGCGAGGCCGAAAAAACGCCCACAUUAUAAAGAUUAACAAAAGAAGUAUGGUAAAUGCUAUUCAGUAUUUUAGUACAUAAUCUAAAAGAGCAUGGAAUACAGUUUAUUUUCACUUGGUUUUGAGUUUGAUAUCAUCCAGAUGGCGACCUUCAUUCAUGAUACAGAUUUGUACUCAAUUUCUGAAGUUUGGCAUCACUCGGCGGGUCAUUUCCAGCAUUAUCACUGCAAUUCAUGAUGAAGCUCACUUUCAUUUAUCUGGCUAUGUUAACAAGCAGAAUUUUCAUUACUGGCUGGAGUACAGUUAUCAUCAGCUUCAUGAAAGCCUCUACACAGCCAUAGGCUGAGGUUUACAAACAUCCACCAAGAACCAAUGAACUGAAGGCUACUCUAUGCCAAGAUUAUUUGCUAACAUUGUGAAUAGCAUGUACCAUGCCUUUUUUUUGUUCGCCUUUAAAAUCUGGGAGUUUUUUUCCUCACCCUGUACUUUCUUCAUGUAACUGAGGCCUACUGAGCAUUUUACCUUCACUUUCUGCAUGUUAUGUCGGCCUAGUUAGCCACUCGCCAUGAUGAAUUUGCAGUCAUCCCAGCUCCAUAGAGGGAUGAUGUAUUGUACACCUUUCGGUUAGCAUCGUAUGUGAUUCCUCCCAUGUGAUAUAGAGGGCGAUAGAGAGCCAGUAACGUUUACACAGCUUUUAGCCGUGAAUAGACUCGUAUUAGUGAAUGCUAGGAUAAGUAAAUGCUCAGUGCUCGAUAGCAGGCUGACACAAUCUGUGGCUUUCCUGUUGUUUUGGGACUACAAGUCCCAGCAUACAGUGUAUGUAGAAAUGUGUAAUUAAUCAGCAGCUGCAGAGCUAUUAUUGUGUUUUACCUGUUCCUAUGUUCCUAUUAUUGCUGUGUGUUUGGGUAGCUUGUGUCUGCAUUUGUGAAUAUCUCACUGGUAGGUAGUGUGGUCAGCUCUGCAAUCAUCAUUCAGCAACACAGAAAUGUUCCGUCAUGGGUAAUGUGCCCCUGGAUGAAGAAAGUUUGAAAGUUUUGGCCAAGUUACUGGAGACGUAUAAAAAUGAAUGUUCCUUAGAUGUAAAAUGUCAGUAAGCAAUGCCAGGAUCUGCCCAGCUCCCGCCACUGGAAGGAGUAAAAUGUCCCUCUGCAGCCACCGUUGUCUCUAUGCACUAACCUAUGUGCUUGCCCAGUAUACAAUAACUCCGUUGUACAAAACUGACGCAGCAAUAGAAAAUAAUAGCAAUUGUCGUGUAGGCCCUCAUAUGUCUGUGGUUAAUCAUCUAGUCCUGACAAAGUCCUACAACGUUAUCUAACGUCCUAUAACAAAUAACACGUUACAGGUUUUACAUAAUUUAUUCAACAAAAUAGUCAACAUGGAGAAAUAAAAUGUGAAAAAGUAAAAUAUGGAGAACAGAAUAUGAGCCGGGGGCUGCUAACCAGAUGGACUGAGCUCCGGCAAGGCCUGACGCCUCUCUAUAACAGGAGAUCCUGGAGCGUUCAGGUUUGUGUUAUGCUUGUGCAGAGAUAAGACAUGUGUAGUGGUCUCAUAUUUGCUGGCCACGCAACAGUCACCUAAAUAUCAGGCUGUAUGAUGGCACAGAUAGGGAUCUACAGUGUGUCAUCUGAUUAAGGGCCUGAUGUCUGAGUCAGCUGCAAUGAUGGCGCAAGUGUGGACGUCCGGGGAGCCAGACGUCCUUAUGCUAUUGUCGGUAUCUGCUGUCUUCCUGCGUUAGGUUGUGCCGUAGUACUGUUCUCCAGUUGCAGCUGCCAUUACUGGUAUCUGCACGCACACCCACUCCAUGAUGAUGUGUCUGUAUCAGGCGUCCCAGCUUCAUCUGCCCGUCUCACACCUGUGCGGAAGUCGAGCGUACCCACCCACGACUCUACUGUGACACACUCAUGUUCCAUGCAUCCACACGGUAACCACCCAGAGAUGCUCAUUUCACAGACAGAGCAAUCUGGCCUCCACCAGGGUGCCUAUGCAUGGUGCACCUCAUGUCCAGUCCGCAGUGACUUCCUGCAGAGCAUGCGCAGCUUGCUGAUAACUGCGGAAGUGCAGCCGGGCUUUGACUUGCACCCAACUCAGAAUCAGGCCAUAAAUGUCUAUGGGUCUAAUUCAGAGAUGUAUGCAGAAAAUGGGAGCAUGUCAGCCCAAUUUCUGUGCGUGGCGCUGACGGCGUAAAAACAGCGGCAAUCCUUAGUAACCUGAGAUGACUGAUGUUCAUGCAGAUGAUCUAAAGCUGAUGCUGCAUCGUCAAACGCAGCAGUGGAUCAGAGAAGUCGUCAGGAGGCGUCUAUUUACACAAAAUGCCUCCUGUGGCAUUAGCACAUAGCCCCUCAUUCAGACCCCACAUGCUACAAAGUACCAAUGUUCUGUACUGCGCAUGUGCAGUAUGGGUCUGCAACACCGGAUGCUGGACAACAUCAGCCUGUCAGUGAUUGAUAGGCUGAUGCCGGGCAAUGGCUUCCAUUUCUUAAAACAGAAGAGUGUCGCCAGCACUGAUUCAGCAUGGGUUGUAACAGUGUGAAAAAUCAAACAACUACAACCCUUUACACUAGCAUGUGGGGGGACGCCCAGCACAGGGCAAGUCCGCCAAGCAUGCUCUCCCCCCCCCCCCCCCCCUCAGCAGCAAAGCGCUCACAUGUCAAGGGUAGCCCUCUGCCUGCGUGUUAUGUCAUACAGACGCUGCGACCCGCCCCGCAAACGGUCUGAAGACCCCUACGUUGUCUGGACUGUGCCACCCUGAAAAUGUUGCGUCGACACCCCCACCUACCCCGCAAACGCCUCUGCCUGUCAAUCAGGCAGAGGCAUUCGCAUAUGUGAGAUGCCGUCACAUCUGUGUGCGCACGUGCAGUGCGGUUUCUGCGCGUGUGCACACUCCAGAAGGGUUGAGUUCCAUGCUAAAUUAGGCCCUAAGUACAGGAUCUAUCAUUAAAUAAGUACGACUCUCAUGGAAUGCUAGUCAGGAGAAAGCCCUGUCUCUCCAAACAAAACAUGGUCGAAUUGCUAAGGUCUGUAAAAUUCAAAAAUCAAAAUGUGUGUCUUGCGGUAUAGUCUCCUUUGGACAGACACAACCAAAAGGGAGUCAUUUGGGCUUCAUGCACUAAGCCAUAUUUGGUGAUAAGCAAGUGCAGAGUAGCACCAGGAGAGCGGCAAACCAGUGGUAGAGAGCAGCAAUAAGACUCAGAUGCUUCUCAGUCAUUGAGCGCACUACGAGUUACUCUUCAUCCCUGAGUAAUAUAGAAGAAAAUGUGAGGACAGCUAAAAUUUUGUCAAAAUUCUAUUAUACAACUGAGAAAUGAUCAUGAGCAUACCAGCAAAUCUGAGGCCCAGUUCAAAUCUAAACGCUGGCCUGCAUUUUUUGCUGCCCUGCGAUCAGAUAGUCGCCGCCUACAGGGGGAGUGUAUUUUUGCCAUGCAAGUGUGCGAUCGCAUGUGUAGCAGAGCUGCACAAACUGAUUUUGUGCAGUCUCUGCGCAGCCCAGGACUUACUCUUCCUGCGCGAUUGAAUGCUGAUGAUCGGGACUGGAGCUGACAUUAGACACCCUCCAUGAAAACGCUUGAGCCCGCCUGCAUUUUCCAGACACUCCCUGAAAACGGUCAGUUGACACCCACAAAUGGCCUCUUCCUGUCAGUCUCCUUGCGAACGCCUGUCGCUGACCGCCGAUGCCCAUUGUAGUUGUGCAACGCGCUGGCGCAGUGCGGUGCAUAUGCAGUUCGGAUCUGAUCGCUCGCUGUGCGAAAACGCGUAGCAGCGAUCAGAUCCGAAUAACCCCCUACAAAAAGAAAACAAAUGGUUUGUAGUGAGUCCACUUAAUUAUGUGUAUUUGCAGAACCGUAAUGGAGCAAUUCUGCUCUAGAUGUGCGCGCGGUUCCUCAGGAAUUCUGUGACCAAUAUCUUCAGUCAUUUCUCAUCGCACCCCUUGAUUGGUGCGCAGGAGAUGCCUACCAUAUUAACCAUUAAUAUGCUGAGCUGGGCAUCACUGAAAAAUAAAUUGCCUAAGAGAGGCUGAGCUUAAACAAAUGCCCUUUUAGAUCAAUCAGCUGAAGCAAGGUUGUAAGGAGUUGUCCAAAAUGACUUAAAUACAAUGUAAGUGACUGAUAAACAUGCAGAAAGUAAUGACUUCCAGUUACCACUGCUAAAGGACUCAAUUUUGAGAAAAUGAUGUGAAGGCGGAGUUCCUCACCCAGCCUGCAGGGGGCAGUACUAGUCCGCCAUGUCUUUGUGUAUGGCAGCGUCUCCGAAUAGCAGCAGUUAUUACUACUUUUAUCUUUCUGGCUGAUGGGUUUCCAGAUAAAAGAUCCCAUGCCUCUAUAUAUAAACUAACUCCCGUUUACUAUCUUACGUUAUACUGACAGUGAUUCAGUGCUGUCUGCAUAUCUCCGUAUCAAUAAGUUGCUGUUUUAUCAUGUUACAUAGUCAGCACGACAUUGGAUGAUAUUUAUUCCAAUAAUGUAACGCCUGAAUAACCACACUGCAUAAAAAAAUAUAAAAGUCACAAAUAUGGACAAAUACAAUCAGCGCUGCACACUUAAAGAAUAUAUUUAAGAAAUGUAAAAAGUGUACUCUCCCCCCAUUGUCACGGUCACGUAUUUUAUAAAUGCAGAGUAAAAUGUCGCAAUUAAAACCAUGCAAAUUUUUUUCUUUUCAUUUGUGUGGAUCUCAUUAGAUUGCAUUAUCAACAAUAUUUUAUGCACUAAGCUUGGUCUGCCUGCAGCUGUUCUUUAACAUGUAAUUCACACUUGGUGCUCACAAGAUAUAACAGACUUAUCAUUUCUAAAUGAUGUCAGCCUUGUUUGGAUUGUCAGUAUCUGUGUAGCCUUUGCACAGUGCAGUACCAAUAGUUAUCCCGGGAACAAGGAUCUCGCUGUGAGAGAAGAGUAGCAGAGGCCGCAUUGCAACUGACACUAGUUCACUUGAGAAAAGAGAAUGAAAUCUGUAGGACACAGUUAUCCGUUUGGCUCUCCGAGCACAGGCAUUGCUGCGGCCAGUGAGGUGGGUUGCACAGUAAGAGUGGCUACUAAACCUUUUCACUGCAAAUCAAGUGUUUAUCAUUUUCAAAGGAAAUCUAUGGUGUAAGUUUUGGUGUUGUGCAAUUUUGUCAUGUCAUAUUGUAACCACUUUCUGCUCCUAAGAUAAAGGGAAGUAAUGUGUGUCUCCCAGCUACAGGAUGCCAUAGUCUGAUUUAGUACCUUGUCUUGUCUUCUCGCAUGACCCACCCAAGUCUGUCUCAUACCCACUAGUGGCAAAAUACAUGUGAUUUUUUUUUUUUUUUUUUGCUGGUGUUUAUUAACACAAGUAGAAGCCUGAAAACUGAGAUAACAAUAGCACACAUUUGUUCCAAUGAGCCCAUACCCACUGGCACUACCGUCUGCAGUAUUCAGAUGCUGCAUACUGCACUUACUUAUCUUUACUGCAAAGGAACUUAUAGGGGCGAAAGGAGAGUGCCUCACUCACACACCACCUAUUCUGGCGCUUUUCACACUGGAAUGCGUUCAGCGUGGGGUGUCACUGGUGUAUACCGCAAUGCUAGUGGGUAACCCCCCCCCCCCCCCCCCCCCCAUCCCCCAAAGAGCUACACUGCGCGCCUCACACCUGGUUACUUUACUGCAUUAUGGGCCUGACUCUGAUUUCGGAAGUAAAGCAUACUGGAAAUGCCUCCAUUACUAGAACAAGACUGCAGCUCCAGUAUGCAUGACAGUCAGCCAUUCCCACCAGGGCCCCGUGUGGAGUUUGUAUAUUCUCCCUGUGCUUGUGUGGGUUUUCUCAAGGCUACUCCAGUUUCCUCCCACAAAUAUACUGGUAGGUUAGUUGGCUCCCAACAAAAAUUAACGUGUGUGUGUGGACUACAUGGGCCAAGUGGUUCUUAUCUGCCAUUACAUUCUAAUCUAAUCUAGUUAGACAUCUUGGUGCAAAAUAGGCUGCUGUAUGCCUACAGGAAAGCUGUCAUCAGUGACCCCUUUAUAUCCACUGUAAGAGAAGAAAUAUGUUUGGUGGGAGCGUACUGUAAUACUGAAUCUAGCACCUUACCCACUGACCCACAGGCUCCAUUACAACAGAGGGAAAAACUGCAGGGACCUCUGUAAUGAAGCCAAUAUUGUAAUGUACCUGGAAAACCACAACAUACGCCCUAUUUAUUCCUCUGCUGAAGAGAACACAAAGAAUAAGUACACCCCCUUAAAGAUGCUAGAACACAGUAACAUAAUAAGAAAUAAAUCCCAGGUAAGACAGCUCUAUCCAGGCGUUUAAUUGCUAAAUUCGUAUGUGGUGGUUUUCUAAUCAAAGCUAUUUACUGAUUGAUUUUAGAUUUCAUUUCCCAGUUUCAGCGUUUAUCCUAUUGAUGUUUUGUUUGUUUCAACAUAGGACUACCUCUAUUAAUCUGUAAUCUGCUCCAUUCCUCAAUGUUAAAGUAUGCAGAAUACUUUACCCACAGAAACCAUUCCGUUACAGCAAUCCUGGAGCUCUGUGUGUACAUUGUAAGCAGGUCAUGUGAUGACAGCACUUUGUUCCGCUACCUCAGUCUCCCCCAUUAGCUUUUAAAAGAACAUCAUUCUAGAGGGAUGAAGAAGGCAGAGCACCUGGACCAUGUAUCUCCCAGGCUUAGACUAUAUACUGUACACACAGGAAUAAGUAAUGUGACAUAUUCCAUAGCACUUAUGAAGCCACUCUUUAUGUUCCAUGGUGCUAUCACCGGCACUGAAUGAUCCUUCCCAUAGAACGCCAUUACAUUUUACCAGGCGUUAACCAAUGUGAACACUGCAGGGAAUGUAGAUGUCCAGCGAAUGCUUGUGUGUGCAGGUCCAUACAGCUUACACUGUAUUUACAGAGCCCCGGGCGUCAGUGUGUACUAGGCAUUGCUGAAGCAUAUUGAGUGCUUGAUUUUGAAAUCCAUCUGUAUAAACCCAUGAUUGCUCACAAGUCUUUGGUAUAGUCAUUGUACAGGGCAUACACAAGAGCUAGAUCAGAAAGAACCAUAUCUGUGGGUGUUCCGAUGGUCCAGGAUAUUUAGGCCACCUAGAAUUGCUAAACGUUCUAAAAUCAUUGAUAAUAAAAAAGAAGCACUUACUUGGGGUAUGAUGUUAAUAUAAUAAAUAAAAGGGUAAAAUAAAAGUAACGGCUUCCUGGCACUUUAGCAUGGAAAUAUCCCAUGCUUAUGUUAUUUAGCACUGUCCAGACAAUACCACAUUUCUGUCUUGUGUAUGGCAUGUUUGUACCUUGGGAUGGCUUUCAGGAUGAGAGGAGAACCACUCUGGAAUAUGAAAUGCUUUGGGCUCUGUGUUUGUAAAUUACGAUUAAUUAUGCUGUAAACAAUUUUGGUUUGUCACCAUAGUGGUACUAAAUGUCAUUCUGAUCAAUAAAUUAUUAUAUUAAUCUAA